UGCGCGACGGUUAUGGCGUUGAUCCGCGGAGCGCGAGGUUUUUCUGUCCUCCGCGCGCUGCCUCGAGCCCGGCUCCAGAGCAACGGCCGGAGGAGAGCGGGAAGCAGCGCCAGGGAGAGUGAAAUUUCCAAGCUCCAAUAUUCUGUCUUUUUGAAUCGCAAUCAGUACACUAUUGUCCCCAGCAGUUCCCUCUGCUGGCGCCUUUAUACCACACAGACUGCACAGAGUCCGGAAGAAGAGAGACUGCAUAAUAUCAUCACUGACUCUGAGAAUGUGAAAGGUGGUUCUUCCAAAUAUGAGUUUCAAGCAGAAACAAAGAAGCUUCUGGAUAUUGUUGCCCGCUCCUUGUACUCUGAAAAGGAGGUAUUUAUUCGUGAGCUGAUAUCCAAUGGAAGUGAUGCCCUUGAAAAGCUACGUCAUAAACUGAUGAACAAUGCCCAGAACCAGACACCACUGGAAAUUCAUCUACAGAGUGAUACAGAGAAAGGUACCCUAACCAUCCAGGACACUGGCAUUGGGAUGACCAAGGAGGAACUAAUUGAGAACCUUGGAACCAUUGCACGUUCUGGAUCCAAGGCUUUCCUGGAGGCUUUGCAGAACCAAGCAGAGGCUGGCACUGGGAUCAUUGGACAGUUUGGGGUUGGAUUCUACUCUGUGUUCAUGGUGGCUGAUAAAGUGGAGGUGUACACACAGGCAGCAGAGGAUGGCAGCACAGCAUAUAAAUGGGCUUCUGAUGGCUCUGGAAUGUAUGAAAUUGCUGAAGCCGCUGGGGUGAAGCCAGGAACCAAGAUUGUCAUUCACUUAAAGAAAGAUUGCAAAGAGUUUGCAAAUCAAGAUCGUGUUAGAGAUGUGGUGAACAAAUACAGCAACUUUGUCAGUUUUCCAAUCUACUUGAAUGGGCACCGAUUGAAUACACUACAGGCUCUGUGGAUGAUGGAUCCAAAAGAGAUCAGCGAAUGGCAGCAUGAGGAAUUCUACCGCUAUAUUGCAAAGGCAUAUGACAAACCACGGUAUGUCCUCCAUUAUCGCACCGAUGCCCCACUCAACAUUCGCAGCAUCUUCUAUGUGCCAGACAUGAAGCCAAAUAUGUUUGAUGUGAGCAGAGAGUUGGGGUCUAGUGUGUCAUUGUACAGCCGAAAAGUGUUGAUUCAAACUAAAGCCACGGACAUCCUACCCAAGUGGCUCCGAUUUCUACGUGGUGUUGUUGACAGUGAAGAUAUCCCACUGAACCUCAGCAGAGAGCUGCUGCAGGAGAGCAUGCUCAUCAGGAAGCUGCGGGAUGUUCUGCAGCAACGACUCAUCAAAUUCUUCUUGGACCAGGGGAAAAAAGAGCCUGAGAAGUUCAUCAAGUUUUACGAGGAUUAUGGAUUGUUCUUACGUGAGGGGAUUGUGACAACUACUGAGCAGGACGUGAAGGAGGAUAUUGGAAAACUGCUGAGAUUUGAAUCAUCUGUGUUGCCAGCGGGUCAGAUGACCAGCCUACCUGAGUAUGGCAGCCGAAUGAAAGCGGGGAGCCGGAAUAUUUAUUAUUUGUGUGCCCCAAAUCGUCACCUGGCUGAACAUUCGCCAUACUUUGAAGCCAUGCAGAAGAAAGAAAUGGAGGUUCUGUUUUGCUAUGACCAGUUUGAUGAACUGACUCUGCUACACUUACGGGAAUUUGACAGGAAAAAGCUGAUUUCUGUGGAGACUGACAUUGUGGUAGAUCAUUAUAAGGAGGAGAAAUUUGAGGAUAACAAGCCAGGAUCAGAACGCCUGUCUGAUGCAGAAUCUGAGGAGUUAGUGGCAUGGAUGAGGAAUGCACUUGGAGAACGAGUGACAAACAUUAAGCUGACUCCACGUUUGGAUACUCACCCUGCCAUGAUUACUGUGCUGGAGAUGGGAGCUGCACGACAUUUCCUGCGCUCACAGCAGCUUGCCAAGUCCAGUGAGGAACGGGCUCAGAUCCUGCAGCCAACAUUAGAAAUUAAUGCAAGUCAUACCCUGAUAAAGAAGCUGAAUGAAUUACGAGGCCAGGACACACAGCUAGCUCAACUGCUGCUUGAUCAGAUUUAUGAUAACGCCAUGAUUGCUGCAGGACUGAAUGAUGACCCUCGACCAAUGGUCAACAGAUUGAACAAACUUCUGACCAAAAUUUUGGAAAAUCAUUAAUGGCCAUUUGGAAAGAUCACCAUUUGUGGCAUAGUAGGAGCAUUAAGAAGAUCUAAGGAUUCAUCCUUGCUAGGCCUGUGUUUGAAACUGCAUAACCCUUGUGAUUUCUCCAAGCACAAAUUGUUACCCAUGUUAUUGAAGAUUCUGCAAGUAAAGCUUUUCCAGAUGAUAA